CAAAUUGAAAAUUGAAAAGGUUAAUUAACAUUAGCUAUUAAAAAUGGAAUUCAACACCAACUUGGACUUUGUCAUUAUUUGUUAGUUUACUCAGUAGCGAUCCUAUCGAAGCUUUUUCUUCAUUCCUUCAAAAAAAUCACAAAUUUCAUCACCCUUUUAAGAUAAUAUGCAAGCAUCAACUGUUUCUGUUAAAGGUAGCAUUUUUGGGGCUCAAAACCAAAGGGGCUUGUUGGGUUUUGGAGAAUUCAGAAAUGGGAGUGUUUUAAGACCCAAAAGAGUUUUCAUGAUAAAAAAUUCCAAUUUAUGUGGAUCAAGGAUCAGUUCUGUCAGUGCAAGAGUUGGUUUUGGUGGCAUUUUGGUUUCCUCUGCUAAGUCCAGAUCAGUCAGGGUUCAAUCUUCUGAUGGAGAUACCGAGCAUGUUAUCCCCCCCGUUCCUCUGGGAAAACCUUCUGGAACCGUUCUACCCUAUGUCGGUGUUGCUUGCCUUGGAGCCAUUUUAUUUGGAUACCAUCUUGGGGUGGUAAAUGGUGCUCUUGAAUACCUUGCUAAGGAUCUUGGAAUUGCUGAGAAUACAGUUCUACAAGGAUGGAUUGUCAGCGCACUACUUGCCGGUGCCACUGUCGGUUCAUUUACUGGUGGAACAUUGGCUGAUAAAUUCGGCAGAACUAGGACUUUUCAGUUAGAUGCAAUCCCUCUAGCAGUUGGAGCAUUUCUUUGUGCUACAGCGCAAAGUGUUCAGACAAUGAUCAUUGGUCGUUUACUUGCUGGUAUAGGAAUUGGCGUUACAUCUGCUAUAGUACCGCUAUACAUAUCGGAGAUUUCACCAACUGAAAUUCGUGGGGCACUCGGAUCCAUUAAUCAACUUUUUAUAUGUAUUGGGAUUCUUGUCGCUCUCGUGGUUGGGCUUCCUCUGUCUGGAAAUCCUCUAUGGUGGCGAACAAUGUUUGGCAUUGCAAUAGUUCCAUCAGUUCUAUUAGCUUUAGGAAUGGCAAUUUCUCCGGAAAGUCCCCGUUGGCUUUACCAGCAAGGAAAAAUCGCUCAAGCUGAAAAGGCUAUUAAAACACUAUAUGGAAAAGAAAGAGUUGCUGCAGUUAUGCAUGACUUAAGAACAGCGACUCAAGGUUCUUCUGAACCCGAAGCAGGGUGGCUUGAUCUGUUUAGUGGCCGAUAUUGGAAAGUUGUCAGUGUCGGGGCAGCGCUUUUCUUGUUCCAACAGUUGGCUGGAAUAAAUGCUGUGGUGUAUUAUUCGACUUCUGUGUUCCGUAGUGCCGGAAUUGCUUCUGAUGUUGCAGCAAGUGCCCUGGUUGGUGCAUCAAAUGUUUUUGGAACUGCUAUUGCUUCCUCAUUGAUGGACAAACAAGGAAGAAAAAGUCUCCUUAUCACAAGCUUUAGUGGGAUGGCUGCUUCUAUGUUGCUUCUUUCGCUGUCCUUUACUUGGAAGGUCCUCAUACCAUACUCCGGCACCCUGGCUGUACUCGGGACUGUUCUCUAUGUCCUAUCCUUCUCUCUUGGUGCUGGUCCUGUGCCUGCCCUUCUUCUACCGGAGAUAUUCGCAUCCAGAAUUAGAGCAAAAGCAGUUUCUUUGGCAUUAGGCACACAUUGGAUAUCCAACUUCGUCAUCGGCCUUUAUUUCUUGAGUGUUGUAAACAAGUUCGGUAUCAGCUCCGUGUACUUAGGAUUCUCAGCCGUGUGUGUUCUUGCUGUUUUGUACAUAGUUGGUAACGUCGUGGAAACAAAGGGUCGGUCGUUGGAGGAAAUAGAACUCGCUCUUAGUUCAUCAACUUGAGAAACUUCAAGAAGUGGAUGUGUUCAUAAUUCCAAUGCUUUUCAUGUUUUAUGUUUCUACUCUUGCUACUUGUUUACACUACAAGUUACAAUUUGUCUUGCAAGAGUUGUAAUCGCGCUAAGGCCAACUUAGUUUGUUGUAACUAAAUUUCGUUUGGUGUGCAAAUAUGGUAAUAAUAAUGUUUGAGCUUUGGUUAAGUAUGUAUGUUUAAUACCAUCUUUUACAGUUUUUUUUUU